CUAUUUCAUUAUAAACAAGAAGUCGUGGGAAAACAAUUGCUCUUUUGUUUUAUAUAUUAUUUACGAAGAAAUAUAAAAAAAUGGAUUGCGAUAGUAUGCAGAUGGCUAUAACAGAGGAGCACCAGUUAACCGAACGCAAAGAAAGUGGAAGAAGGGGUCGAAAACCGGGUAGAAAGACAGCUUCUGAAAAAGUUGACAUCAAAGCAAAACUAGAGCGUAGCAGACAGAGUGCAAGGGAAUGUCGCGCACGAAAGAAGCUUCGCUACCAAUAUCUGGAGGAGCUGGUGACUGAUCGUGAGAAGGCAGUGAUUGCUUUGCGUACAGAACUGGAGCGACUAAUACAAUGGGAUAGACGUUUGAGUGAAAAUGCCGAUGUUGAUGUUGAUCAGCUGCUAACAGAUAUUGGGGUGCUUAAGCAAGAGCAGACAAACUAAAAAAAGUACAAAUAUGAACUUAAUUAAAAGUUUAUUAUAGAUUUAAGCAACAUUAU